GGGUGGCAGCAUAAUCAGUUCGUUUGCCAACAGUUUGUCGUCGUUCUCCGAAGAAAAUCAAGUGUUAAAUCGCAUUAAAUAACCGCAAGUCAAAUUAACGUCAAAUAAAAAUUGAUGAAUUGAAAUCCAGUAUUGUUUUGCGUUUUGAAAAAAAAGAGUUCUUGCAUCAUCUGAAGCAGCUAAAGUUCAGAACAACAAACAAUAAAAGCAAAUAAAAGCUAUUUUUCGCGUGGUUAGCGUUGCCAGCGGCAAAUCGCAAAACGCGAUUUUUUUUAACAGUUGCGCGAAUUUCUCACGUGGCAAAAAAUUAAAAAACAAACAGUAAAGUAAAAAAUCCAAAAUACAGAAAGAAUCAGCUACGGUUAUAUAUUGUACAUCUAUAUAUAAUUUGAUUUGGAACCAAAACAAAAAUAACAACAACAACAAAACCGCAGAUCGUUCGCUGACACUAAAUAUUUGAGGACCUUGAAGAGAGAGAUUUUUUUCGAUCCACUUCCUUAUCUAAUUCGUGAGAUUGUGUUGCCCACCCCAAGCAGGGGAAACAUAAUAUCUUAUAUGACUUUUGAAAGAUUAAGUGAAACACCAGCAAAAAAAGGCGCACCUCCAAUUCCACAAAAACGGAGUAAAAGCUUCGAACUGUGCAUGAAUUCAAAGAGGCGAACUAUAAGUCAUCGGACUUCAAGUAACAGACAUCGGAAGUUACAGCCGUUCAGGUACACGUGAGCCAACCAUUGUACCGUUCCAAUAGUUUUUUACUAAAAAAAAAUUACAAAAAUAAAAAAAAAAAUUAAAAAAGAAAAAAUUAUAAAAAAAAAACAAAAAUUAACUUGAGGAAGAAAAAAAAAACACCAAUAGUUAAGACUAUGCCAGAUAUAUAGAGACAACAUAUGAAAAAAAA